AUGACCCCAACGGAGGGAUCUAAAUUUCCUUUUGAGGUCCUCAUUAUUGGGGGCGGUCCCAGUGGCCUCGCCGCUGGUCUGACCCUCGGACGCGUUCAACGCCGGACCCUAAUUCUAGAUAUGGGACGGUAUCGAAACGAGCAGGCCGUCGCGAUGCAGACGGUACCGACGAACGACGGGAAGACACCGACAGCAUACCUCGAAGAUGCCCGCCGCGAAAUUGCCGCUUAUCCAACGGUGCAAGUCAGGGUGGGUCCAGACAAUGAGGUCGUUUCCCUCGAGCGGGUGGCCCAACGUGACGAGGUCAGGGGCACCCAUGUUGACAGAUUCAUCGCCAAGGAUACGGCGGGGAACACAUACGUCGCCUACAAAGUGUUGAUGGCGACAGGAGUUGCGGAUUUGCUCCCCAAUAUCGACGGAUUCGCCGAACUCUGGGGAAGUAGAAUCUUCGACUGCAUCUAUUGUCAUGGCUAUGAGUGUCGAGGGCCGCGAUUGGCUAUUCUGGGAGAUGAUGAGGCCGCUAAAACCAUGUCCUUGCUCGCAGCGUCCCUCUUUCCAGACCGAGCACUACUGACCAAUGGCGGACUGGUGGCGAAAGAGGAGGAAGAGAGACUGGGGAGGUUUCGGGUGACCAUUGAUCAUCGCGAGGUACUUGCGGUGACUGGAACAAACACUGAUGAGGAACGAUCAGGGGUACGCGUGACCUUUCGACAAGGGGAAGCAAUGACAGUUGACGCGGUGCUGCACGUUGCGCCCACACUGCCCAACAGCGCAGCUUUGGCCACCCAACUUGGGGUGGGCUUCGAUGAUGGCGGGAAUUUGGCCACGGAACUGGGCGGGCGCACUAGCGUAAGAAGUCUCUUCGUGGCCGGGGAUGCCUCUCAGCAGUUUAAGUCGGUGACAAGUGCGGUCUUCACGGGUAAUGCCGCCGCCACGUUGAUCCACCAUGAGCUUACCAUGCAAUGGCCAGAAGAAGAGCAAACUGGAGGCUCAUGA